AUGGCCCCUAGUCGGGUUGUGACAAUUGGCGGGGUUGAAAUACCUCAAGGACCUGUCACGAAGAGGAUGAAGUUCUCUAUCAUGAGGGAGAAGAGGAGCAGGGGCUACGUACUGGAUGGAUUCAUUUCGUUCAGCAAUGAGGAAGUGGAAGGCAUCACCCAGCCUCACAAUGAUGCCCUGGUAAUCUUUGUACUUACAAAUAAAACUCAAGUUAUACGUAUUUUAAUUGAUCUAGGUAGCUCGGCAAAUAUCAUCCGAUGGAAGGUCGUCAAACAACUGGGUCUGUUGGAUCAAACCGUACCAACAAGCCGGGUCUUGAACGAGUUCAACAUGGACUGUGAAACUACCAAAGGAAAGAUCACCUUGCCCGUAAAUACAAUCGGAGUUGUGCAACACACAAAGUUCUACGUCAUUGAUGGAGAAAUAAAGUCCAAUGCCUUGUUCGGGAGACCUUGGAUACACGUAAUGAGAGCAGUGCCCUCUACACUACACCAGAUACUGAAAUUUCCAACCCUCGAUGGGAUAAAGAUAUUUCGGGGAGAGCAGCUAGCCGCUAAAGAGAUGUUCGCGGUCGAGGAAGCUGCUCCAAAAGAACCCGCACUGAAGGACCCAACAGUAAGCCGCACUAAGAAUUCAGACGUGGACAAAAAGGCCAAAUAG